UACUUGCUAACAAAUCUAUUGUAGUUUAUGAUCUGGCGGAUAUGAAAUUAGAAAGUAGUGCGAAAAGGAUCGAAAGUAAUAAUAACGUCAUAAGAAAGUACAAUAGAAAUUCUUUUUCAAUCGAUAGACAGAAGCUGCAACUUUGUUUUACCCGAGGACAAUCCGUUGAAAUAUACUUUAUGGAGAACGGCUUGGAGAUCGCAUCCAGAAAUUUUAAAGAACUUGAAAAAAUAUAUUAUCUAGAAUUUAUCGAAAAUGAUGAGAAACUACUUUUGAUUGGCAGUGAUGAAGAAAAUAAUCAAAAGAUUAUUGUGUGGGAUUUGUAUAAUACAGAUAAGAUUGAAGCAUUACACCUGGACAAAGAACUUAUGAUACAAAAUUUUGAUUCUCACUUGGCUAGAACGUCCGGAAAUCUUUUAAAGGUUGAUGAUAAAGGAAAUGUUACCUCAGUGCUCAAGAUGAUUGAAAAUAAAUUAAAAAAGGAAACAAGGGAGGAAAUAUUUCAUGAAGAUCUAGUAGAGUAUAUUACAGAAAUUGAAAAAGAGCCUAUAUUUAAAGAAGUAUUUAAUGCAAAAGAGAAGGAGAAACUUCCCAAUCAAGGAAAUGUAUUCCUUGAAUUUAUUUGGACAAAUGGUAUUCCAGUAAAACAAGAAAAUAAAGUAAAUAGUUAUGAAGAAAAGAUGAAAAAUAUGGAAGUUAUUAAAGGAAAAUCAUUGAAAAGAAGAAUAGUUAAGUGGGAAGAUAUUAAUGAGAAUAUAAAGGGAAUAAGAUAUUCUUGCAAAGCAUUAGAGCAUCUUAAUAAGCGUGCAAGUUCUCUUGCCGAUGAUCUUGAGCCUUUUGAUAACGAUGAAGAAUCAAAAGAUAUUGAAGAAAUAUUGCCAAAAAAUGAUAUGGAAUUGGCGAUUUAUCAUUGCAAAGGACGUGAACUAAGGGACACAAUCAUGGUUGCAUAUCUUUUGGAAUAUUAUUCAAGACAUGCAAAAGAUUAUGCUGGUUGGAUGAGUACAGUUUCCAAGUCACUUCCUUUGUUAUACAAAUAUGAUUAUGAUGAUUAUACCAGAAAGUUAUUUCGUAAAGAAUGUUUUGCGGAUCAAAAUCAUUUUUCGGCACAAGAUUCUCAUGAAAUUAUUCCAAAAAAAUACAGUAUACAACGUAGUAAUAAUCCUGAAUUCAUUGCAUUUAAACCUAUAGACAAACUGAAGUCAGAUAGAGAAUCAUACAAUUCAAAUUGGAAAGCAAUAAAAUCCGUCAAACAUAAAAUGUCCUUAUGGCUUGAAAACUUUGAUAAUGCUAAUGGAAAACCACCAUUAGCUUUACGAGUUGUACCCCUUCCUGGGUUUAUCACACAUACAAUCAAAGCAGAAAAUGUUAAUUAUUAUUUUAGAAAAAAUCUUUUAAACAUUAUUUGGUUUAUGUUUUUACCACGAUGGUAUAAAAUUAGUCGAAAUGAAAAAGAUAAAUUAAGUCCAUUUUCAAGAGUGAUUCGAUACGAGAAUAAUGAUGAUAUGUUUGACAACCCAGCGACAGAAGCAUUGGGCAUAUAUGCAAUUUACUUUUUCACUGCUAAAAUGAUACAGCUACAUUUUUAUGGAGUGAGGAAAUUUUUUAGUGAUACAUUUAAUUAUUUUGAUAUAUGUUCGGUUUUAAUUCCCGUAAUAGUAAUGACGAUAAUGCUUGUCAAUUCAUUUGACUUUUCCGAGAGCUUUGGAAGUAUUCUAGCUGUAGACUCUCAAUUAGUCAUAGGAAUAUCCUUCUCAAUUCUUUUAAUUUGGAUAGAAGUUUCAUUGCCUUUACGCAUACAAUAUCCAGGUGUUGAUGUUAAAACUACUACAAUAAGUGGUGUUGCCACUUCUGAAAACACCAAUGAAGUUUUUAAUGUUCAACUUGUAAAUGAUUAUGAUCGUACAAAUCGAAUUGACAAUCCAUACUCUUACUUUUCAACCGCGUUAGAAGCUUCCUAUUUUUGGAUAAAUGGUCAAUUUGUUCAAAGAGAUGAUUUUGAUUCGUGGGCCGUUGAGGCAUUUACUUUGCUUGCUAGCAUCAUGCUUGUUACCGUUUUACAGAAUAUUUUAAUUGCUAUUAUGGGUGGUGUUUACGGGGAAGCAGCAACUAAGGGCAGACAAGCUUUAUUAAGGUUUCGAGCAAACCAGAUAGCAGAUUAUGAAGCAUUACAUCACAUUCAUUUUCGAACCCAGGAACCGGAACCGAAAUACAUUUAUUAUAUCGGCCAAGCAAAAAAUUUUGAGGAAUGGUACAAGAGCCGAAAGGGUGAUCGAGGUCCGAUAUAUAAAGAAUUUGAAGAAAAGUCCACUUUUAAAAGAUACAAUUUCAAGGAAUCAAAUUUUGACAAAGUUUCAAUUUGGAAAUUUGAUGAUAAACCUAAGAAAGAUAAAAAGGAAGGAAAAGUUGAGAAAAGUUUAAAGUCAUCACAGGUAACAGAUAUAGAUGAGGAGUCGUCCAAAGGGAAACAUUCCGCGCAAGAUACAAUAGAAAAGGAUCAUGAAGCUAUUGAUAGGGAAAUUCAGGAAAUUGAACAAUUGAGACGUGACAUGAAUUCUUUAGUUGAUAAAUUAUUAGGAAAACUCAACAAUCAAAAAUUUAAUUUAUAG